AUGGGUUUUGCUUACCUGCUGAGGUCUCCUGGGGUAAGCAUCUUGCUUGGUGGCGGAGCUCCGAGAACUAGGUCCAAGCCUGAGCAGUUUUAUUUGGAGACAUGUGACAUGCCAAACAAUAAUUCAUCAGGCCGCGAUAGCCAGAUAACAACAGACGUGGUCCAUUCGAAAAACAAGUUGAGAUCUGUACAUGCACAGCAAGGGAAAAAGACAUUAAUUGAUCACCUACUCAUUUCUAUACGUGUAUUCUCACCAGUUUACCACCAACUCAAAAUAAAAAGAAGAGAGUAA